GGCCGGCUCCGAGCGCUCGGAGCGAAGGGCUGCCUGGCGGCCCUCGGCGGCCCCUGCCCCGGCCCGCGCGCGCCCCCGCCGAGCGAGCGAGCGGACGAGCGAAGAUGGUGGGCCGCAACAGUGCCAUCGCCGCGGGCGUGUGCGGCGCCCUCUUCAUCUGCUACUGCAUCUACUUCGACCGCAAAAGGCGGAGCGACCCCAACUUCAAGAACAGGCUGCGAGAACGAAGAAAGAAACAGAAGCUUGCUAAGGAGAGAGCUGGGAUUUCAAAGUUACCUGACUUAAAGGAUGCUGAAGCUGUUCAGAAGUUCUUCCUUGAGGAGAUACAGCUUGGUGAAGAGUUAUUAGCACAAGGUGACUACGAGAACGGUGUAGACCACCUGACAAAUGCGAUUGCUGUGUGUGGGCAGCCUCAGCAGCUGCUGCAAGUGUUACAGCAGACUCUCCCACCACCAGUGUUCCAGAUGCUUCUG